AUUCAAAGCUGGCUCAACCUCCCUAUAGCAUCACAGAUCCCCAGUAAUCAGCAAUAUUGCAAGUAUAGUGAACGAUCAGUUCCAAUGUCUCAAAAUUACAACAUACCCAUUUCCACAGCCUCUCAAUUAUCAGCAGCGACACAAAUUUGCCUUCCAGGUUUAGGUCUAGAUCAAUCAGAUUUAAAGCAGAGUGAUAUUUGUAUUCAAAGCCCAGAUAGUGGUACUUGUUUUGAUAGCAUUAACAAUCCCAAUAACAAACCAGUUGAGGGAAAUGCAAAACCAAAUACUUAUAUGACGGCAACUAAACAAGGUACAGUGCAGGAUGAGAAUAAUUUAGUUUCUAAACAAAGUUUGUAUCCAUCGAAUAAUAUGAUGACAAAAGACUGGAAAUCUCAGUUCCAAAAUUAUAUGUCAAGUCCUAACAUGUUCAAUACAAUGAAUGAAUCCCAAGAUAAUUAUGUUUUUGCACAGUAUAGUAUGCAACCAACAAAUUCAUACUAUACCACUCCGGAUAAUAGUUACUCUUCAUUUGUUGGAAAAAACAAUACAUUUGUACCACAAAAAACUCCCUCAUAUUCCAGGAUUGAAAGCUCAUCUUCACAACAAAAUUCUUUUGCUAAUCAAAGUCAGAUCACAAGUGCAACAUCUCAGAAUAUUGUUCACCCCUCCAAUAGUGUUGUCAAUUCGUUCUACCCUUCAAAACAACUCUUAAAAGAAGGUGAACAGUUACAACCAAAUAGUAAACAACAAAUUUCAAUCACCAACUACAGUGAUUCUUUAAACGCUUGUUGCCAGAUCAAUAACAAAUCACAGAGGUCAGAUCCUACUUCAGAUAUAAACAAUUGUUUUCCAUCAGUUGUCAAUAGUCAAGAAGAUGUUUCUAGCUCGGGGAACAAACCAUCAAUACUACUAGGCAGUAAUAAUCAAACAGAAAAGAGAGGGUUUAAAAGUUCUGAGACUGUUAGUAGCGAGAGUGACGAAAGCAAUAUUAUUGUUGAGGAAUCUGAUGAAAUUGGAGAGAUAGAAAGCGAGGUAUCAAUCGAAGAAAUCAAGAAGAGUUAUGAAUCCACCAACAAUCAAGUACUUUUGAGAUGUUUAAUAUGUAAUGUUGGUACUUCUUCACAAACACCUGCUAAUCAGUUCAUCCACAUGAAUGAAUCCUUUCCUUUAACAUCAUAUAAAAUUCCAGUAAGGACAAAAUUAGAGCAAAUCCUUUCAAUGGACUUUCAACAUUACUUAGAAAAACGCAACACUUUCAUGUGUCGACGCUGCUUAAAUCUCGUUGAAACUAUUGAAGUCCUCGAAGUUAAACUGUCGACUGCUAAACAAACGCUUAAUGACAACUUUUCAAAGACUAUCCAACAAUCAGUGCCAAUUAUUGAUGAUAUUUUACACAAUGAAGUUAGUUCUCAAGAUGUGGACAAACUUUUAAAAAAUAACAAUAUUCCCAACAAACGCCCAGAAGAAAAACCAAAAAAUUCAGAAAUUUAUAGAGAACAGGAACCAUUUUCGGUAGAAAAUGAAUGCCCAAAUGAAGAUAAAGAUCCUUCUAUUAGCGAUUUGGAACAGUCCGAAUUUCAGUGCUCGUAUUGUUUCAAGGUGUUAUCAUCACAGAAGUAUUUAAACUACCACCUCCAGCAACAUACCAAGGAGUUUUAUUAUUACUGUGAAAGAUGCGGUAAAGGAUUUCCUCUAAAGAGCAAUCUACAGAGGCAUCUCAACUGGCACAAUAGUAAUGAAAGGGAGGCAGACAUUUUGUGUGAUAUCUGUGGUGAUAUGUUCGUCUCCAAUGACUUGUUCAAAUCACACUUACUUAAAACCCAUUCUCAAGAGUACAUAUACAACUGUAAAAUCUGCAAGAAAGGAUUUACAAGAAAAUUAUCAUUAGAGAUUCACAUUCAUAAGCAUACUGGUGCUCGUAUGUUCAUAUGCGAGUAUUGCGGCCACACUUUUUUGACCGAAUCGAAUCUGAGAAACCAUGUAAAGCUUUGCAACAAAGAUCAUCAGCACACGUGUGAAGAAUGCGGGAAAAGUUUUAUUUCAGAGAGCCAGUUAUCAAAGCACGAGUCCCAACAUACAGGGAUUUACAGUUAUUCAUGUUCCGUUUGCAACAAAGGCUUUCACAAACCUUCCGAUCUCAAUUUCCACAUGCUGUCUCACUCAACCGAUAAGAACUUCAAAUGUAAAGAAUGUAGCAAAUCUUUUAAGACUCAAGGAAAUUUAAAUUACCAUAUUAAAACGGUUCACAAUAAAGAGACAAUUUUCAAAUGUGAAAUAUGCGCUAAAAAUUUCUUCCAAAAGAGGUUCCUAUCGGACCAUAUGAAAACACACAUCAAUGAGGAACCCUACAAGUGUGACCGGUGUGAGAAGACGUUUCUUCACCAGACUACGUUUAUCACACAUUUGAAGGUGCAUGAAGGCAAGGUGAAGAUGAAGACGUGUGAAGUGUGUGGCAAGUCUAUCAAGACAAGAAUGAGUGUUCACAUGAGAACUCACACUGGGGAGAAGCCGUACAAGUGCUCUUACUGUCCCAUGGCAUUCUCCGUAGGCAUCUCACUCAAGAAACACAUAGCUGUAAAACAUGUCAAAAACAAGGUUUCUUAGCAAUGUUUGGGGUUCGUUCGGUUUUUCUUUUUAUAUUUACUAUUGCACUCCAGGCGGAAAAAACUUCUUGUCAUGAAGACUUAUACUGCAGGAAAAACUGGAUGUUUGGAAGACAUGAUUUAAACUUGAGCUUGUGUCAACUAGAGUAACUUUAGACCCUCAAAAUGUAAGGGCUGUUCAGGAAGUAAGGUUCGUUUUAGAAUAAAAUAAAAAUUUUCUACGAGAAAAAAUUACAUUAUUUAGGCCUACAUUUGAAAGAGCAACUAAAAUAGGCCUAGGUAAUACUUUUCCACACAUCCGCCAAACAAAAUGAGGCAAUUAUCGAAGCGGUUACCAAGCUUUCGAAUUCCUUUUCCUACUACUGCAUGGAAAUGAUCACAUUAGCAAACUUUUAAACAGGUUAUUUCCUCCUUUAUUCUUUCUCGCUCACGUUUGCUAACAAAAAUUAACAUGCCUGCUUCUGUAUUUUAACACCCACAUCUGGUAGGCACAUAACAUAACCUAAAAAAAGCAAAGAUGGUCUACAGGCCAUUUUAUAUAUAACUAAAAAGUUUGUCUAUGUGUAAGUUAAUUAUAGUGUUGGGAAAAAUCUUGUGUGUAUUAGGAGCACAGACCUGCAUUGUUGAUCUCAAAAUAGCCGCAUUCAGCUAAAGCUUCAUGUCUACAGUUCUUGAGCGGCAAUGACGUACUUUGCGUUCUUAAUAGGCUACACAAAUAGUGUAUAAGUGUAUGAUAACAAAAACCGCAUUACAGGCAGCACCUUACAACUAGCGUGGUUUUUAAUUGCAGCACACUUUAAUUUUGCAACAUUGGGUAGCAAAAUGAGGCUUCCGCGUGACGGCUGGACAGUUUUUGAGUAGGCUAAUACGUUUGUACUAAAAAGUGUAUGACAACCACGUGCCUUUCGGUGUCAGACGCAAAUGUUCCUUACUUUCUGAACAGAACAGCUAUAUCGUACUAUUACAGCUUAGUGGUCACACAGACACAUAA